GUUUAUGAAUGCAAAGUCGAAGAAACCGCCCCAAAACACGCGCAAAAAUGCGUAUUCAAACAGAGCGGGGAACGCGGCGUUGGAGAAAACAUCUGGGUGAUCGGUGCAAGAGGGGAAAAUUUGAAGCAGAUGGCAACAUCGGCCAGCCAAUCGUGGUUCAGCGAGUUGAAGAAAGCAGGAGUACCAUCGGAAAACCGUCUCACAACGGAGCUUUGGAAUCGUCCCAGAAAGGCAAUUGGUUAUUAUACUCAGGUAGGUAUGCUUCCAAUAUGUUUUCGUGGUAAUAUGAUUCGAUCAAUGAUUUACACCGUUGGCGAGCCAUGUCAAACUGACUGCGAUUGCCAGUGCGGUGGAUGCAGAUGUGGUCGCAACGAAGAGCUCUGCGUCAAACCAGCGUUGAUCGCAACAAUCGUCGCAACAACUUGCUAUUUAGAUAAAUAA